CCUUCUCUCUUGCUCGCUCUCUCUCUUUUGUGAGUUAUAGCAACUGUUGCCUUGUGAAUCAAGCGCCAUAGUCACCGUAGUCCUGGUGACUGUUACUCAUCAACAUCAACUGCUCUUCCACUGCUUUCUAUUUGCUUCCUAAUCAUCACCUACAACAGCCACCACCAGGAAGAACAACACAGCUUUCCACGAUUCAGAGACCACAAUGCAGACAUCAGAGACUGGGUCGGACACAGGUUCGACUGUGACUUUACAAGCAUCUGUGACUGACCAGGCAGCAGUGCCCACACAGGUAGUACAGCAGGUACCAGUUCAGCAACAGGUACAACAAAUACAGACUGUGCAACAGGUACAACAUGUCUACCCAACCCAGGUUCAGUAUGUGGAGGGAAGUGACGCAGUCUACACAAAUGGAACAAUUCGAACAACUUAUCCUUACACGGAAACCCAGAUGUAUAACCAAAACACUGGGGGAAAUUACUUCGAAGGAAGUUCUGCACAGGCAACUACAGUGGUCUCCUCUCAUAGUAUGGUGGGCACCGGAGGGAUUCAGAUGGGUGUUGCAGGAGGACAGCUCAUUAGCAACUCGGGAGGAACCUAUCUGAUUGGCAAUUCAAUGGAAAAUUCUGGUCAUUCAGUGACUCAUACAACAUGGGCCUCCCCGGCUACAAUUGAAAUGGCGAUUGAGACACUUCAAAAGUCUGAUGGUCUUUCUACUCACAGAAGCUCUCUUCUCAACAGCCAUCUCCAAUGGCUUUUAGACAACUAUGAAACUGCAGAAGGAGUGAGUCUCCCCAGAAGUACCCUUUACAACCACUACUUACGUCAUUGUCAGGAGCACAAGUUAGAUCCAGUCAACGCUGCCUCCUUUGGAAAACUCAUACGGUCAAUUUUCAUGGGAUUACGGACCAGAAGACUGGGAACCAGGGGGAACUCUAAAUACCAUUAUUAUGGGAUUCGUGUAAAACCAGAUUCUCCCCUUAAUCGACUACAAGAGGACGUGCAAUAUAUGGCUAUGAGACAGCAACCCACGCAGCAGAAACAGAGGUACAAGCCUGUGCAGAAAGUGGAUGGAGUUCCAGAUGGUUUCACAGGAAGCGGUCAACAGACAGGCACAUCUGCUGAACAAACUAUAAUUGCCCAAAGUCAACAUCAUCAACAGUUUUUAGAUGCAACUCGAGUACUUCCAGAGUUUGGAGAAGUUGAAAUAUCUUCUCUGCCAGAUGGUACUACCCUUGAGGACAUAAAAUCACUGCAAAGUCUUUAUAGAGAACACUGUGAGGCAAUAGUGGAUGUUAUUGUGAAUCUUCAGUUUAGCCUAAUAGAAAAAUUGUGGCAAACUUUCUGGCGCUAUUCUCCCUCUGCUCCAGCUGAUGAUGCGGCUAUUAUUGAACUGAGCAAUCUGAGUGAAAUAGAAAGUCGACUUCCAAAAGGAAAACUAAUUACUUUGUGCAAAAAUGAGUCUAUUCUGAAAUGGAUGGGUAACUGUGACCAUGUGAUGUACCAGGCUUUGGUGGAGAUUCUCAUUCCUGACGUCCUUAGACCUAUUCCUAGUGCCUUGACUCAAGCCAUUCGCAAUUUUGCAAAAAGCCUUGAAGGUUGGCUUUCCAGUGCCAUGAACAAUAUUCCACAGAGAAUGAUACAAACCAAGGUUGCCACUGUAAGUGCCUUUGCCCAGACUUUGAGAAGAUACACAUCUCUCAAUCACCUGGCUCAGGCAGCUCGGGCUGUGCUUCAGAACACUUCUCAGAUCAACCAGAUGCUCAGUGAUCUCAACCGUGUGGAUUUUGCCAAUGUACAGGAACAGGCUUCCUGGGUGUGUCAGUGUGAUGACAAUAUGGUUCAAAGACUAGAAACAGAUUUCAAGAUGACUCUUCAGCAGCAGAGCACUCUGGAGCAGUGGGCAGCCUGGCUUGACAAUGUAAUGGUGCAAGCAUUGAAACCAUAUGAAGGAAGACCCAGCUUUCCUAAAGCAGCACGGCAAUUUCUUUUAAAAUGGUCUUUCUACAGCUCAAUGGUGAUUCGAGAUUUAACCUUACGCAGUGCUGCUAGCUUUGGCUCUUUUCAUCUGAUCCGCUUGCUUUAUGAUGAGUACAUGUUUUACUUAGUCGAACAUCGUGUUGCUCAGGCAACAGGAGAAACACCUAUUGCAGUUAUGGGAGAGUUUGGUGAUUUAAAUGCUAUAUCCCCUGGAAAUAUGGAUAAAGUGUUUGCAGAUGAGGGCAGUGAAGUUGAAAGUGAAAUAGAAGAUGAAAUGGAUGAAAAUGGAGAGCCACAAGCCAAGAGGGAGAAAACAGACUUAAACCGAGCAUUUCAGGUGGGCUGCUUGCAGCAGCCAGUGCUUGAGAGUGGAAUAGAGCAGAGCCUCCUGAACCCAAUUCAUAAUGAGCACAUUGUUACAAAUACUCAGACUAUCAGACAAUGCAGUGCUACUGGAAAUACAUAUACUGCAGUCUAAUACUGUAGUGCCCCCCAACUGCAUUAGCCUUGUUGAUGCUGGACUUAACAGGGGAGGUAGGACAAUAGGUCUGAAAGUUGUCUUACAGAAUUUUAGCUGUGCUGAACAUUACCUUUUAUUGGAGUUGUGUAA